AUAUAGGAGGAGGGCCUGCCUUAGUCCUCGGGAUAGAUGGAAAACUGAAAUUAUCUCUCUCCAAUCCAAAACCAAAAGAUGACAUGUUAUGGUGGGGUUGCAGCAGCGGCAGCCCUUCCUUCUCUUCCACCUACAACUCUGACUACGCUUCCUUCUUCAUCCAGUAACACCUCUGUAAGAGUAAGAGAUGUGGGCAGUGGUGGCGCAGAACAUCCUAAUACGGUAUUGAAGCCAACCGUUGAUGGGUUUAAGUGGCGCUUACUUAUAUCUUAUGAUGGCACUCACUAUAAAGGCUGGCAAUUUCAGCAAACCCCUCCAACUAUACAGUGCAUUCUAGAAAAAGCUUUAACUCGAGCUACAAAGCUUGAAAGGAAGGAUCUUCAUUUAGUUGGUGCCAGUAGGACAGAUGGAGGAGUGCAUGCCUGGGGUCAGGUGGCACACUUUGUUACACCUUUCAAUUAUGACAGCUUGGAUAGCAUUCAUGCAGCUCUCAAUGGUCUUCUUCCUCCUGACAUUCGUGUUAGAGAAAUUAGUGCUGUAGUUCCUGAGUUCCAUGCUCGAUUUUCUGCCAAGGGAAAGACUUAUCACUACAAGAUAUUUAAUGAUACUGUCAUGGAUCCAUUUCAGCGUCUGUAUGCAUACCAUGUUACUCAUAAACUCAAUGCUGCUGUAAUGAGAGAAGCAGCAAAUCAUUUUAUUGGAACCCGCGAUUUCUCUGCUUUUGUCAAUUCAUCACGCAAUGAUGGAGUGCCAAAUCCAGUGAAGACUAUUUUUCGAUUUGAUAUCAUCAAAAUGGGAGCUCUCCUACAGCUAGAAGUUGAAGGCUCCGGUUUCAUGUAUAGACAAGUGCGGAACAUGGUUGCUUUGCUGCUCCAAAUUGGCAAGGAAGCAAUUUCUCCUGAUAUUGUCCCAAAGAUUUUAGCUACUCGUGAUCGCAAGGAGCUCGCUAAAUAUACCUUGGCUGCCCCACCUCACGGACUCUGUCUUGUAGCUGUUAAGUAUAAUGAAGAGCACCUACAACUUCCGUUAGUUUGCCCUACAACCAGUCUUGGUAGGCAUCACAGCAUAAGCAAGUGAGUGGGUUGGAAGGACUUGGAAUAUUGGAAGGUGGUGUUGAUUCUCGAAGAAAUCCUUGUUUUCAUGACUGACCAAUUCAUAGUGGAGCCUUACUUCCCAGAUCUCUUUGCUAGGCAAUUUGGAUUGUGUGAGGACAUCCCCAACCCUUUAUUGGCUGUAUAUAAUCACCAAGGCAUAUCCAUAGGGCUAUUCUCCCCUUUUGAGGUCUUUGACCUUAUGUAGAAGAACAUCAUGGACUAUAAGAUUGUGACCUCCCUUUUUAAACUACAAUUGCAUUUACCUAUGGUGUAGCUUUCAUUAAAUGGUGGAGCUUUCAUAUCUCUUGUGCUAUUUUUGCCCUCGAAAGGCAUUUUGAGGCUCAACUCAAAUGAUACGUGAAAAAUUAGAAGCAUGUGAAGAGAGGACUUCCACGAGAUUUGCUCCUUUGAUAAUUUAAUCCUUAGAAUUCUAAAGAAGAUUGUGAACGUGGAAAGUCUGCAGAUGAGCUGGACAUACCUUGAACUGAGCCCUUCAUGAAGGGUAAGAUAAAAACAAUUUCUUAAAGGUAUGUCACUUGUUGAUUUCUUUUUUUGUCAAUUUUCACACACGUUUCCUUAUUUAUAUAUUUCUCUUAUUUGUUUUUUUGUAGUUGUUGCCAAAAAAAUAAAUAUAGAAUCCAACCCGUACCAGGAGUCUAUAAAUUCUAGGAAGCCAGUCCUCUCUUACAAGGAGAAAAACAACGAUCCUAUUGAUACCGCUCCAAUUUCUCUUCGAACACGAGGCGUUUCCGCACCUAGGGAUGGAAUUAUCAAAGGGACUCCUGGAACUCUUUCGCCUAAGGUUACUUCAUUACCUCCAACAACAGAAGUGAUCCAUCUUGAAAAAGAUGCUCUUUUAGAGGCUGUUAUUGCUGCUUCUUUAAGAACUCUAACCUUCCCAGCUUUCAGAAUUAAGCUUGUGGAUCAAGUACAAAAAGUGACUCUUGUUCCAAUGAAAGUUUAAAGUACCUUCGUCA